UACUUAAUUUACUCUAUGCACUGUAUAUCUUUUAUGUAGAUACACUUAUAUAUUUUUAGUUUUAAAAAAAAAUUCAAAGUGCUUUUAAUCCAACGGCGACACCAUGAGAAUAUUAAGAAAGGGUUUGACCAUGCGAAUAUUUAGAAAGCCGUGCUGCCACAGGACCAGCAGGCCGCCGCCCGACACUCCUGCCCCCUGGCUGGCUUGUCUGCUGCCCGCGGCCGGCGCGCUGACGGCAGCGCUCCUGGCGGUGCUCGCCGUCUACACGGCAGCGCGCUGGGCUCGGAGGCGUAGCUGCCGCACCGCCGUCACUGGCGUAGCUUGCCAAGGUCAGGUCGAGAUGGUGAUGUCAGCCCGGAACCAGGAGUACCACGUGGUUUCUCCAGAGGUGCUUGAUGAAGUGCUAGCGGCCAUCACGCUCCAGGUGAACAUGGCCACGAGGAACUGUGCAGCGACGGGAUCUCAAGAUCCGGAGACAAGAGGAACGGCUUCUUUGGUAGCUGAGGCAGGCGCGAAGAGACAAGAAGUGUGUCACGACGAAGCUGGGGCGGCGACGAAGAUGAAAUGUGGCGAAGAAGAAAUCACCGAAACAGAUGGCUUGACGUGCGCAGUGAAGGUGCAGUUCGACAUGACGCAGGUACGUGGUGAGGCGGAAGAGAAGAGACUUGACGAUUCAUCUCACGUGAUGGAAUCCCGUGAGGGCGUCGAGGCACAGAUGCCGCUACGGGACGGGAGUAACGUGACGGACUCGGAAGAGGAGACUGCCGAUUGCUGGGAGACCAAGGUUGAAGCAACGUGUGGCGGGAGCUCCGAUAUAGACCUGGGCGUGCUCCACUCGUGGCACGACGUGACCUCGGAGGUCAUCGUGGAGGAGGACGAGCCCGACUCAGAGGAGGACCCUGCGGGACCGGCCGACGGCGCCCGAGCCACGGCCGACGAGGACUGGCUGGACACGGUGGUCACCAGGAGCGAGACCGUGCUGGUGAUGCGCAUGCCCUGGGAGGAGGACUCCCUGUUCGCGGCGCUCGCCCACCAGAUAUACGAGCCCCCGGUCGGGUCCUCCGACCACAUGAUGUACACGUCCAUGGUGCGCAUGCUGGCCGUCAGGUAUCUCCGGAGCAACAGGGAGCGGUAUUGGGACCAGAUCCUGGAGGCGGUGGAAAACCAAGGCAGCAGGUACCCGGGAGUGUCCACGGAAGAGUGGAAGGUGGAGCGCUACCUGGGUGACCUGGGACGCCCUGGGUUCCCCGGCGGGGCCGAGUGCCUCUGCGCCGUGGCGGAUGCCCUGGACAUGGACGUGCUGGUGUACGUGGAGGGCCUGGCCAAGUACCCGGUGACCAGCUCGCGAGGUCGCGCGCGCCGCACCGUCGCUGUGGCCAAGAGGCGUAGCGGCGGCCCCUGCUCGGCGCGCUUCGACAGCGUCGUGGCCGUUGAUUCCAGUCGGUGACGAGGCCUUGUCCUCGGUAACCUACCCCUGUGUCAGUGCAGGGCGAGAGCACACCACCUGCCGUCAGCGAAGCUGCAGUAGUGCGCGUAACACGUCAUUUCCUUCGGCCGCGUGGCCUUCCUGGUCGCAAGAUCACUCCUGUUUCGCAAAUGCACGAUUAAUUAUAAUUUAAAAUGAAACAUAAAAAUAUAUAUUUUUAUAUCAGUAUUUUAACGACUGAUUUUACCAUGUUAAGUUCUUCAGUUGGUGUCAAUUAAAAUAUUUUCACAUAAAUAACCUUACGAAAAAUAUUUUUUUUCUUCAAAUCAUUACAUUGUUAUUUUUUCCCUUGCUUUGAAUAUAGAAAUUAUCGUACAGAACUCACCUACCAUAUCGGAUAAAAGUGUUUUUUUUUUUUUUAAGCAACCUAUAUUAGAUAUGCGGACUUUGAAAACAGGAUGAUUAACAUUUACCAAUUCUAAUUCUCUGGUGUUUACAAUGGCUAUCGCUGAUAUAUAUACUGAUAAUAUAUUUCAGUUAAUACAGAAUUCUUUUCUAUGACAUAAAACUAUUUAUUUUUGCUUCCCGAGUCUAUAAAAUAUAUAGUAUAAAAUUUAUUUAAUAAACAGAAAUGUUAAUAAAAA